CGUCAUCCAAAAGAUAAGAAAGGAAGCCAGCCGAUGUACAAUAAUUCCAGAGAGAGGCACCAACCGCAGCUAACACAGGGAUCAAUGGCCGCGUCGGGAGACGACGACAUGGCCGAGCUCGUGAUCUCCUCGCUCCCGCUCGAGACACGGUGUCUGCCGUCCCCGCUGAGGCAGCACGGCGGCUUCUGGUUCUCGGAGCCAUUUCUCCAGGGCAUGGUGGCCGCACACGCACGGUUCAAGGCAAGGCCAUCUGACAUCCUCCUUGUUAGCUUCCCCAAGUCCGGCACCACCUGGCUCAAGGCACUCGCCCUCGCCACGCUCCACCGCACCGACCACCCGCCGCGCGGCCUCGACCACCCGCCGCGCGGCCUCGACCACCCGCUCCGCCGCCACAAUCCCCACGACUGCGUCGAGUUUCUUGAGAAGGCCUUCGCCAUGUCUUUGGCUGCGGAGGACAGCGGCGGUGACGUGCUCGCGGCGCUCCCUUCGCCGCGCCUGCUCGCCACCCACAUGCCUUACACGCACAUGCCGAAGAGCGUCACGGCGGAGGGCACCGGGUGUAAGAUCGUGUACAUCUGCCGCGACCCAAAAGACGCGCUCGUCUCCAUGUGGCAAUUCACCAAGAAGAGAUUGGCAUUCGCCGUGGCGGCUCUAGAUGAUCCACCGAAGCCAUACACAAUCGAUGAGAUGUUCGAGCUCUUCUGCGACGGCAGAUGCACCUGCGGCCCGCAAUGGCACCACAUCCUCGGCUACUGGGAGGCGAGCCGGAGGCAGCCGGAGAAGGUGCUCUUCCUCCGGUACGAGGAGAUGCUCCUGGACCCGGUGGGCAACGUGAGGAAGCUGGCAGAGUUCAUGGGGUGCGCGUUCUAGGGCGACGAAGAGGCAGCGGGGGUCCUGUUCGAAGAAAAUGAGCUAGCAAGCUCCAAAUCCUUGAAUCGGUCAAUGAGUGUUCCCUCUACUCCGAACACUGCGUCAUGUGUGAGUUUUUUUUUUUUUUUUUUUUGCGGUUGCGUCAUAUGUGAGUUAUAUGCUCGUCUAUUUUACUCUCGCAUUAGACUCUGUUUCCCAUGUCCGCCUUGAUUUGAGCUUGUCUAUGGAAUCGCGUGGAUUUGGUACCUGCGUAUCUUACUUUCAGAUUAGACGAAUUUGUUUAAUCCGAGGUAAAAGAGUUCGUAGUUAAGCGACUAUAGUUGAUUAAGAAUAGGCGAUAGGAUUUUCUUCGUAUGCUUCAUUGGGAUAUCACUCGUGGUUUUAUACUGAAUGAGU